CUCCAGACUGCAGCUUGAUGGGAAAGAUGCUGGAGCAGCUCCAGAUGUUCCCACACUACACCUGCUACUAUCCCCCCUGCGCUCACUGCAAGCCAUAUGCCCCACCCCCUCAGCCAAUGGCCCCGCCCAGUCCAGGAAGCAACAGUUGUAGUCACAGUGGAUUGGAACAGCUCAGUAAAACCAACCUGUACAUACGAGGACUUCCACCUGGGACCACAGACCAGGACCUCAUCAAACUCUGCCAACUAUAUGGGAAAAUUGUGUCUACUAAGGCCAUCCUAGACAAGAACACAAACCAGUGCAAAGGUUAUGGUUUUGUGGACUUUGACUGUCCGGCAGCAGCACAGAAGGCUGUUUCGUCUCUGAAGGCGACCGGUGUGCAGGCGCAGAUGGCAAAGCAGCAGGAGCAGGACCCCACUAACCUGUACCUGUCUAAUCUGCCCGUCUCUGUGGAUGAACAGGAGCUGGAGGCGCAGCUCAGACCCUUCGGUCAUGUGAUCUCCACACGGAUAUUACGGGACGCCAGCGGCAUGAGUAGAGGUGUCGGCUUCGCCAGGAUGGAGUCCACAGAGAAAUGUGAAGUUGUCAUACAACAUUUCAAUGGAAAAUAUCUCAUAUCUCCAGCAGGAAUCCCAGGUCCGUCUGAACCGCUGCUGUGCAAGUUUGCUGACGGCGGUCAGAAGAAGAGACAAACUCAGAGUAAAUAUCCACAGAACGGCCGAGCAUGGAGAGAAGGAGAGAUGGGAAUGACACUCGCAUACGACCCUGCCAUCAUGCAGAACGGGUUCUACUCUUCUCCAUACAGUAUCACUUCUAACCGGAUGAUCUCACAAGCAUCCAUCACUCCAUUCAUCACUGCUUCACCCGUCUCUGCAUAUCAGGUUCAGAGCACAGCGUGGAUUCCUCCGCAGCAGUUUGUGAUGCAGGCCACAGGAGCUCUAGAUCACAGCGCUGCGUCAGUGCCUCCAGCGGCUGUAAUGACUCCACUAACACAACAGAUGAGUCAGAUCACACUGGGAUCUUCUGCUAAUUACAUCACGGCUCCGGCUCCUGUGGCCCCUGUGCAAGGAACAUUCAUCCAUCAGUUAACGUCAGCACUUCCUGUCGAAGGUGUAGUAACAGACGUUCCUCUCCAGACGGUGGCUCCCUCGUCACAGGACAUCCAUUUAACACAGCAACAGAUCGCUGUGGAAACUAGUGACCAUAUUCAACCCUGCCCAGUCAACCAGUCCAAAUAGCAUCCUGAAGAGAUGGAUGUACGUCAGCGUUGCCUUCUGAUGGAGAUCUGACGCUCUGCACUGAACACACAGACUCAUUAUGAACUUCCAGGUGACCGCUGCACCAAAAACACUGACUUGACUUCGUUAUUUCCCUCCUGGACUGAAGGACUCUUCACGAGCUGAAGAGCUUUAUUUCUCUGCUGUUUUUUAUGUCUUUUGGACUGAAUUUUCUUCAGAGAGUUCAUAAAUAUGAAAACACUGUGUGGAUAUAUAAAUGAUUAGAAGAGCACGGAUUAUCUUCCUCAGAUAUUGAGAUUUCACAAUGUUGGUUUUAUAGGAAUUUACACAAAUCUCAGUUGCCUUAAUUUUGAAUACAUCUGAAUUUUGUUUAAUAUCUGGUUCUACAUCAUGACGGGACUGAAUCCUGAUAUCACCUUUUCUUCUCCUGAAGAAAAGUAAAUAUAAUUUUCCUGAAUGGAUUGCAUUUUACUGAACAUUAAUUUUCACUAAGAGGGAAAAACAGUACAGCAGUUUGCUGCAAUUGAUAAACUUGCUUUUUUUAUUUUUAUAUAUCUUAAAAUCAAUUUUAUUUUAGCUUGCUUUACCACAUACAUUAGAUUUUUCAUAUAAAAAUAUAUAUUUCAUUAUUGAUAUUAUACUUGCUCUGAAACCUUUAAUUUUAAAUUCAAUUAAAGGCUGCU